AUGACAUCUCUAGCUGACUGUACAGAGGUGGAGCGGCAGCUUCAGAUCAGCAAAGACCUCUUUUUGUACAGGGAAAAGGCCCUGGCCCUGGCCCUGCAGAAUCGACCAAAGAAUACCAAUAAGCAGUAUCUCUCCAAGCAGAGAGAAUGGUGGGACUUCUACAAGGAGACUAGCUUUAAAGAUGGGGAGAUGGUGACAGAGAGAAAGCUGGUCUGGUUUCUGGAGGAGAAGGUGCUUUGUCGUCCACUGCAGGGCUCUGUUUAUAAGAGCAAGAGAGCUCGUACGGACAGGGAUGGCAACACUGUGCUGCAGACUGUGGGUAAGAGCACAGUCAAGCUAUAUGUGGCAGCCGUGGUGGAUCUGUACAGAUUUCAGAAGAGCAGAGGAAUCAACUUCUCUGAUCAUUCACAUGGACAGCUGAUCAGUGCAGUUCUUUGUACACAUGAAACCAAGGAGUCUGUACAAAAGCAGGCACACCAUCUUUGUACAGGGCUGAACUUCCUCAUGAAUCACAACAUGCUUCUGCAGGAGGAAACAUCCCGUACGGCACAGCUGCCUGACCUUUUCACCCUUCAGCUUUCAAAUGAGAGGCCCACUCCAUGCUGGCUUAUGAUUCUCAUCACAGAUAAUGGCAAGACCAAUCAGCUGAGGCAGCUGGAAAAAGUCUUCCAGACUUUCGAAGAUGCUCUCUCUGAUAUGAUAUCCACCUUCUCUGUGAACAGGAUCCCUUCAAGCCUCUUUUGUAUGAUACUCAGCUUUCAGUGGGUCAAUCACAUGUAUGCAGCAGCUGGGCUUCUGUCAAGCAAGAAGACUCAUCUUGGUCAGAGUCAGAGGUUCAGAUAUGAUGAACUGAAUGGGGUGUCAGAGGGUCAGAUUCGCCGGGCUGGCCGAUGGAAUAAUGAUGCUCUGACCAACUGCUAUCUCACCAAUAUCCCCCGAGAGACUCUGUGCUUCUGCAGAGGCAGUUCCCUGACCACCCUCUAUGGUCAGAUGCUCUCUUCGUACGAGAGGAUUAUCAGAAGUAUACUCUUCAGAUUGUUCAGGCUCUUGAGACAGCUGUGGAUCCUCAGGAGAUUCAGAUUCACCACACUUCUCACCUCUUCCCGGACAGGAAAUGGCUAUUCUCUUUCCCGUACGAUACAGUCAGUGCCUGAUCUGUGGCGGGAGUGGACCACUGGUCUGGGGGGUGGUCCAUCAGUGCAGAGCCUGGAGGAUCAGGGAGGCAGCUGGCGCAAGAGCUCCUCCAAGGAGCAGAUGAUGUUCUGCCGGCGAAAGAUCAUCAUCAAUGAGAUUCGUUUCCUACUAUACAGUGUAUUCUCUCACUACAGCUGGCUAUCGUACGAAGACAACAGAGGGUGGGCUCUCUCCCUCCUCGGUCUCUCUGGCCCCCAGGGCCCCCAUCGCAUCCUCUUCGUGGCUGAUCAACAGCUGAGUCCCUUCACCCACAGUCCACAAUCCAGGGCAGUCCUGGCUCUCCCAGGGCAAGAUGUACCCUUUGUACGAGGCAGCAUGACAGAGCUGCAGGUUCGAAGCCACCGGCCAUCGUACAUCAAUGCCAUUCUCAUUCAAUCUCGCGGCCGGACGGAGCCACAUGCAUGCCUUGCCUGCCGGAGUGCUCAUCCAGGUCUUCGGCCAUUCCCCCAGAAUGCCGUCGCCUGCCUGGCCACUUUGGUGGAGCUUGUGGCAACUGCAAAUGGCGUGAUCAUGCCAUUCGCUGCUCCGUACGAGAUGGGGAAGGGGUGGAGGUGA